AUGGUGAAAGAGAUCAAGGAAUUUGGACCAUGGUCCGAGCAAACCAGCUCCUCCGGCCGAAAGUACUUCUACAAUCGCGAUACAGAGGUAUCUCAAUGGGAGAAACCUAAAGAAUGGCGAGAAUACGAGCUGCGUCUAGUCGAGCAGGAGCGUCUGACUGCUGAACAGGAAAGGAUGCAGCAACAAGUGCAACAACAACACUCUGUGGUUCCUCCCCCGCCAAUGUUCAUGACCCCUCCUCCUUUCGCAUUUCCUCCUCCAUUUGCUCCUCCAGGAUUUCCAGUGGGCCCUAUGAAUGCUCCACCACCUCCAUUUCCACCGUACAAUCAAUUCCAACCACCUCCAAAUAUUCCAUAUCCGAUUCCACCUCGUAUCAAUUCUACAAUUAGUGCUCCAAUCAACACUUCAUUUCCACCUCCUCCACACCCACCAGCGGCACCGUCUCCUCGUGUGACACAGGGUCUCCCGCCACCACUCAUAUCGCCAAUAGUUAACGUAACAUCAAUUCCUCCCGCGCCCCACGUCGGUCCAAUUUUUUCGCCAAUUCAGUAUACUACUCCACCACCAGGGACAGGUAGGUGUCUUUCCAGAAGUUGUGAAGAUCAUGCGAGCCACUCGCGUAGGACAGUUGGAAAACUUCAAGGGUGUUGCUUAGUAGUGUACGGUGCUCACCGCCUAUCACCGAAAGUAGGUAAAAUGUCGAUUUUUUUGUGGAACUUAUGUGGUAGCGUUUUACUGUGA